AUUGAGCAAUAAUAAGGGGGUGACUACAGUUUAGGUGCAGGUUAUUGGCAGUAAAAAAUGACUCCAUUAGGACUCAUCUUGGUCUCAUCAGCACUGCUGGCUGGGCUCUGCGCUGCAGGACCACAGGUAUUAAGAGUUACAACAAUCAAGGAGGAACCGUAUGCAAUGUCCAAAGGCUCUGAACUGGAGGGCUUCUGCAUUGACCUGCUGUCAGCUGUCUCAAAGAAAUUAGAUUUUAAGUAUGAUAUUAAGCUUGUGAAGGACGGCCGGUAUGGCACAACAGAUGAAAGUGGCAACUGGAUCGGCAUGAUUGGAGAAGUUGUCAGAGGGGAAGCAGACAUCGCUGUGGCGCCUCUAACUCUAACAGCUAAACGUGAGACAGCUGUGGACAUGACCAAACCCUUCAUGCAGACGGGUCUUAGUUUCAUCCUGAGGAAAGACAUUGCCUCUGAUGACUCGCAGUUCCUCAGCCUUCUUAACCUGUUCUCCACUGAGAUGUGGAUGGGUGUGCUGGUCGCCUACCUGCUGACCUCCGUCUGCAUCUUCUUAGUGUCACGGAUUAGCCCCUGUGAAUGGGAGCAACCAGAGAAAGAAAAUAAUUUCUUCACGCUCUCACACAGUUUUUGGUAUACAGUGGGAGCAAUGACUCUUCAAGGUGCUGGUCCUCACCCCAAGGCUCUUUCGGGACGGGUCAUUACCUCUGUCUGGUGGCUGUUUUCAUUAGUGCUGCUAGCAUGUUUCUUCGCCAACCUCAGUUUAUGGCUGCAUUCAGACAACCAGCAACUGUCAAUCAAGAGCUUUGAAGACCUCGCUAAUCAAAACUUUAUUGAGUAUGGCACCAUUAAAGAUUCUUCCUCUUUUAACUUCUUCAAGAACUCAAACAACCCCACAUACCACAGGAUCUAUGAGCACAUCAAGAAAUCCCAGAGCUAUUCACUCAAUGUAGAAGAAGGUUUUCGCAAGGCUCAGAAAGGCAACUAUGCUUUCAUCGGUGAAUCUGUGUCCCUCGACCUGGCAGUGGCGAGAUACUGUAACCUCACACGCGCUCCAGAAAUCAUCGGCAUGAGGGGGUACAGCAUUGCUGCACCUUUAGGCUCGUCGUUGGUGAAAAACCUAAGUGUUGCCAUUCUGCGACUGAGUGAGUCUGGUGAGCUGGAUUAUUUCCGCAGUAAGUGGUGGGCUAGCAGUUGUGUGGCAAAAAAUGGCAAGAGUGCUCCACUGAAGCCCGCCAGUCUGAAGGGAAUCUUCUUAUUACUGGCACUCGGUCUGGGAUUGGGGCUUUUCUUGGCUCUGAUGGAACUGGCCGCCAAAUCACGCAAAAUUGCUAACACUCAGCAGAAAUCCUGCUGCUCUGUGAUGUCUGCUGAACUCAGUCAGCGCUUCAGAGGUGGAGAGGCGAUGACACCGGAGUCCUCUGAGAAAAGCAAAGCCUAAAAAGCAAAGCCCCAACAAAGCACUGACACAUGCAUUUAAUCACUUAAUGUUUAUUACAUCCACAACAAAGUUACUCACAACUAACCAAACUGGGUGGGCGAAACUCAUAAAAGCAUUUCAUUCUAUUUUGCUUAAAGAGAAAUAAGGGCUAUUACAAUUUUUGUUGAAUUCGAGAACACUAUAAUUUCUUAUGUCACUGAUUUCUGGGUGUAAUAUGACCCGUGUUUCAUGAGAUUCAGCCAGUUAAUUUAUAUAAUCAAAUUAAUAUCAUAUUAAGCAUGUCUAAUAAUUAGUUUUAUUUAAGUUAAGGAUUCAUCACUAAUAAUAUAGCUUGUUAUAUUAUUUCAUUACAAGAUCAGUUACAUAGCUGUAGGGUAGUAGACUCCCCAAAAGUUUGAAAAUGCCCAAAUUCUGACCAAACAUAUUCAACCUGCUUAUAUCUAAAUGACUGAGAUCACCCUAUUGCUGUUUAAAUAGCUGAACAAUGUGUGCCAUGAUGAGCAAAACUGUGAUAUAUUACUAAAAAUGUACGAGAAGAUUGCAUACACAUAUGAUUGGACAUUUUCUUUUAUUUCUAUUAUAAUAAAAUGAUGCAUGCAAAAUAUACACAGUACCCAGAAAAAUAUUCCUUUUCUUAUUUCAUGUGCCAUUGUUUUAGCUUAGAGAAUUUUCUUAACAAAAAUAAAAAUCUGAAAUAUGC